CCGAGUUAUGCCAAAGCAAGACCGGCGAGCAGUGCAUUUUCAGAACGUAGACAAGGUGGCUUAGCAGGCUUUGGUUGUUUCAUGCUUCUUUCAUUUUUGAGUUUCCGUGGACCGUUUUUAAUGUUAUUUUGCUUUUAUUACUUUUGUUUGGUUUCGAUUUAAGUUUUCUGUGAUCCCUCAGCUCCCGUGUCACUCAUAUUUUUGAUUUGUUUGCUUCCCAUCCCCCACCCGCGUCACUGACGGCUUUUCCUUUUUAUCAUAGAAGGAAAAAAUACUUACUUUUUCUGUUCUUUUUUUAAACUGACCAAGAUAGGCAUCUCGAGCGCUAAGAUGUCGAACCGAGUGGUGUGCAGAGAAGCGAGUCAUGCUGGCAGCUGGUACACCGCCUCAGGACCCCAGCUGAAUGCACAAUUAGAAGGCUGGCUAUCUCAAGCACAUGUAACGAAAAGACCUGCUCGAGCCAUUAUUGCACCACAUGCUGGUUACACCUAUUGUGGAGCCUGUGCAGCCUUUGCUUAUAAACAGGUGGACCCUUCUAUUACUCGCAGAGUUUUUAUACUGGGACCUUCGCAUCAUGUUCCACUCUCACGCUGUGCACUUUCUCCUGCUGAAAUCUACAGAACACCUUUGUAUGACCUGAGAGUUGACCAGAAGAUUUAUGCUGACCUCUGGAAAACGGGAAUGUUUGAGCGUAUGUCCUUGCAGACAGACGAAGAUGAGCACAGUAUUGAAAUGCAUUUGCCUUAUACUGCUAAAACUAUGGAAAGCCAUAAAGAUGAUUUCUCCAUUGUCCCAGUUUUGGUUGGGGCAUUGAGUGAGUCGAAGGAACAUGAGUAUGGGAAGCUUCUUAGUAAAUACUUGGCUGAUCCUUGCAACCUUUUUGUUAUUUCAUCAGAUUUCUGUCAUUGGGGACAGAGGUUCCGCUAUCAAUAUUAUGAUGAAUCACAAGGUGAAAUCUACAGAUCUAUUGAGAACCUUGAUAAAAUGGGAAUGAAUAUUAUAGAACAGCUAGAUCCUGUAUUAUUUAGUAAUUAUUUAAAGAAAUACCACAAUACUAUCUGUGGGCGUCAUCCUAUUGGUGUUUUAUUAAAUGCUGUAGCUGAACUAAAGAAGAAUGGAGUGGAUAUGAAUUUUUCUUUCCUGAACUAUGCCCAGUCAAGUCAAUGCAGAAACUGGCAAGACAGCUCAGUGAGUUAUGCGGCUGGAGCUCUGGUCGUCCAUUGAGAGACCUGCUUAACUCAGGAAGCCAUCUGCGCCUGCUGCCUGUCUCCCUCACUCCUAUGCCGAACCCAGCCUUCCCAAUUAAAGAAGUUCAGAUAGCAGUAUAAGUGUGUUGGAACAUUACAGCAUAUAAAUAUCUAUUCAGUAUACAUACACUUUCAGUGUGUAUGUAUUUAUUUAUUUAUAUAUAUAUAUAUAUAUAUAUAUAUAUAUAUAUAUAUUUAUAUAUCUAUCUAGAUAUAUAUAUUUAUAUAUCUAUCUGUCUAUCUAUCUAUUUACCCUACUUCAUCUAUUUGAAUCUUUUUCUUUUUCUUCUUUAUUUUUAAAUUUAGCUCCCUUGUGUUCAUUGAAAGAGAUUUGUUGUGUGGAUUGAGAAUGGCUGGAUCAGAUUCUGAAUAGUAGGCAUAUCCUGUAUAUGGAGCACUAGACAGGAGAUGCAGUGGUUUGUGCUCUCCAGGUGACCUAUUUCCUGGGCAAAAUCUGAUAAACCAUAUUAUUUCUUAUGUUUGCACUCUUUGCAGACUUGUGCACAUGUACUCUGCUUAAAGGUUAGUUUUGCAGAAUGUAAAAAAAAAAAAAAACCAUGAGUGAAAGCUUACGUUUAUUUAAAAAAUGGAAAAAAAGGUAAAAGCAUUUAUAAGUUAUCCUGUAUUCUGUUAGAGUAUAUAAAUAAAGCAGUAUAGGUAGCUACUGCCAACAUUUGUACAACAGAGAACCUAAUACUGUAGUGGCUAAUAAAGGGCUACAAGCAACACAAAGUACUCUAAAUUUCCUGCUGUACAAUCUAUACCAAAAACGCAAUUUUUGUUUUUAAUUUUUCUUUUACGUUAUCCUUUUUUUUGUUUUAUUUUUUAGUCAAAUAUUAAAAGUGAUUUAUUCCUCUGUCCUUUGCCCUGUAUUUCAUUUUGUUUGGUAGAAAUUCUUCUCUUCCUUUGUCUCCAUUGAUUCCCCUGUACCAGUUUGGAACAUCCUUGCUUGUUUAACCCUCUGCAACAUAAGAUAGAAAAGAAAAUGUGAUAGUUGGGUCAAUACCAUACUGUGUUAAACUCAACCAUAAAUUACCAAGGUGUUCAGUGUCCAGGUGGGCACUGCCUUGAUUUUUGUGUUAGCCUGCCUUGUAUUCAUUUAAAAUUCCAUGAUUAAUUAAAUAUAAUAAAUGAAAGGUUUGGAUCAAAUCUCAGGAAAUUGAUAAUGGCUUCUUUACAAAAGAGGUUUUAGUCCGAUAUAUACUGUCAUUUUUCUCAGGUUAAAAUAAAUUUAAAUCUCCAGGGGCCAGUGAGCUUUGCCAAUUUAUUUGUAGUGCCCAUUCAGAUGUUUUUUAUUUAUAUAUAUAAAAAAAAAAAAAAAAAGUAAAAUGCUGAAAUAUAUCAUGUUUGCCUUGUGUCUUUUUAUUAAAUGUAGCUCAAUUUUUAUAA